UUUUCGUCGCACCUCUUGUUGGGAGCGGGCGGCUGUGACUGCGCCUUGGGCGGCAGUCAGGGCCGAGAACCAUGAGCCCCGGGGGCGCGGGCUGCUCCGCUGGGCUGCUGCUGACGGUCGGCUGGCUGCUCCUGGCGGGCCUCCAGUCGACGUGCGGGAUCAACGUCACCGCCGUCCAAGAUCCCAGCUUGGUCAGUGAGGGCGAGAACGAGGGCGAGGAGGAGGCCGAGAAUGACAGCGAGGUCGAGAACGAGCCCCAAGCUGAGGCCGAGCAGGAUGGUGAGGGUGUUGGUAUCAGAGAAGUCAUAUUAACCAAUGGAUGCCCUGGUGGUGAAUCCAAGUGUAUCGUACGAGUAGAAGAAUGCCGUGGACCAGUAGAUUGUGGCUGGGGUAAACCAAUUUCAGAAAAUCUCGAAAGUGUUAGACUGUCAUGUGUUCAUACAUCUCCUGUAAACCGUUUCAAAUAUGUUUGGAGACUUCUAAGGCCAAACCAACAAGCCAUUAUACUUGCAAAUGAUUCAGCAAUCCUGGAGGUUCAAAGGGAAACUCACCCCAUGGCUUUCCAGUGUGAAACAUUGGACAAUAAUGAAAUAGUAGCAACUAUUAAAUUCACAGUCUAUACAACAGCUGAAUUGCAGAUGAAAAGAUCAAGCCGACCAGACACUGAUGCAGUCCUAGUUUUUGUGCUGACCAUAGGAGUUAUUAUCUGUAUAUUCGUGAUCUUUGUACUGAUCUUCAUAAUUGUAAACUGGGCGGCAGUCAAAGAUUUCUGGGCAUCAAAAGCCUCAACAACUGAGAUACAAUCUGAGCUGAGUUCAAUGAAGUACAAAGAUUCAACUUCUCUUGACCAGUCACCAACAGAAAUACCUGGACAUGAAGACGAUGCUUUAAGUGAAUGGAAUGAAUGAUGUAUGGGUGAUGUAUAACAGACCAAAGGAGAUUAGAGCAUAUCAGAUUCAUUAUUAUAAAAAUAAACCAUAUAGCAAAAUACUUUAA